AACAUUUUUCCAAUUGGCUUCGACACUCAGGCAUGAGGAACGUCCCAUGCAUAAAAAAACAAAACAAGUGUCAAGAGUCAAGUGGAAAAUUGCCUGACUCAAGUGAAGAAAGCGGUGUUACCAAAACGCAAGAAAAGAAAUUGUUUCGAAUAUGCCCAACCAGUAACUAGCCUUGGAGUCGAGGUUAUUGGUGGAUUUCCAUACAGUAGUGAUUUCCCGAAUCACUGGGCCGGAGCUAAUGAAGAAAUAAACGGGGGAACGGGACAAGAGAAGGCUGACCUCGGUCCCUCGUUCGCUUUCCACUCAUUCCAACAUGGCUACUUCCUGAGUAGGAUCCUCCAUUCUCUCUCUCGAUUGUCGCUCUGAUCCUGAGGGAAAGUGCGUUUCGUUGUGCAUGGAUUCAAAGCCAGAGCUGGUUCUUUCGUCGGGCUGAGUGUGUGCGUAGUCGUGCUGAUGGUUUUAUUCUGUUGCUGCAGCAGUCAAAUAACAUGAUGACGACAAGAAAGCUUUACGGGAAAGAUCUCAGUGCGUACGAAGAUUUAGACGUCGACCAGCUCCUGGAACAGUUGAGUCCCGAGGAGAUCGAUAUUUUAGCCAAAGAAGUCGACCCUGACGAUGAACUUCUACCUCCAGACCAGAGAUGCAGUUAUAUCUGUGAAAAGUCCCCAUCUGGCCCUUUGGACAGGAAGAGGCUUAUAGAACAUAUCAACAAGCAGGCCCGGGAAACCCCAGACAAAUUGGACAAUGUCCCAUACAUGGCUGGAAUGGUCCGGGGAAAGCGAUGGAUCCCACCUGAGCGACCCCUAACCAAGCAAGAAGAGGAGAUUCGACUAGAUUUGGGCGAUGAGUAUGAGCAAGCGUUGGGUGGGGCGUCGGAGGAUGAACUUGUCGAUCUUGCCGCCAUUCUGGGCCUUCAUUCCAUGAUGAACCAAGACCAGUACCAUGCAUCAUUGCUCAACAAAGGCCAGGUGGGAAUCGGUUGGGAUGGGAUCACAAAAUCGACGCGAUACAAGCCCCUUCCCAAUGAGCCACCUAAUGACACCGACCCUGAGUGCUCCAUCCAGCAGAUUAAGGAUGAUGACUCCUCUCUCAAGGAACUCAAUUGGAAUAACAUCAAGAACAUAUCGGGAGAGCAGUUUGAGCGCUUGUUCGAUGCACUGAAGACGAACACGAGGCUGGAGGUCCUGAGUCUUGCCAAUGUGGAUCUAUGGGACAAGGCCUGCAAGAAGCUGGUGGAUGCCCUUGAGAAGAAUUCUACCAUCCGAGUGGUGAAUGUAGAAUCCAACUUCCUCACUCCUCCCUUAAUCAGGGAUCUCAUCAAAGCACUCCUGGCUAAGAAGUCUGUUGAGGAGUUCCGAGCUGCCAAUCAGAAACCCUCCAUCCUGGGCAACAAAAUUGAGAUGGAGAUCACACAGUUGGUGGAGCAGAACCCGAACCUCCUGCGACUUGGGCUCUUCUUUGAGUACAAUGAUGCACAGAAUCGGGUCGCCACACACCUUCAGAAGAAUUGUGACAAAUGGGGUGGAGGCAACAGCCUGCCAUCUCACACUUCUACCGUUCAGCAGAUCCAGGGUAGUGGAUCCAUGGAAGCAGGGUGGAGAAUUCAGCGAAUUGUGGAAAAUGUGGAUGUCUCGCACACCAUUGUCUUGGGUGGAGGAAAUUCUCAUGUGGAGGCAGAAAGGUGGAGCCAGGAAGAAGUUGGCAAAGAAAUUGCUGGUAUGGGGGAGGCAAGAAAGAAGAAUGGGAAAGAAGAAAUGGAUAAAGAUGAUGAUAAACAUGGGGCAAGUGGAGAGUACACUGAAGAUGACUAUGAAAAAGUAAUAAAAGACAAUGAAGAAGACCAUGAAGAAGGAGGAGGGGAUGGUAAAGAAGAUGAACAUGAAGGAGAAGUUGGAGAAGGCAGUAAAGAUGAGUAUGAAAGAGAAAAAGUAGAAGACAGUAAAGAAGAUGAACAUGAAAGAGAAGAAGUAGAAGACAGUAAAGAAGAUGAACAUGAAAGAGAAGUAGAAGAAGGCAAUAAAGAAGUUGAGCAUGAAGGAGAAGUAGAAGACAGUAAAGAUGAUGAGAAUGGAAGAUUGGGUCGUUUCGCCUCAAAUCGUCUCUGCACUCCAGCUGAUGUCUUGACCGUCCGGGUUGAGACUCCUGCCAGGUACGAUAACCUGGACAUGGACUUC